CUCCGACGCGGACGUCAUGCUCUUCACCACCUCCAAGCUCUCCGGCCAUGCCAGCAGUCGAUUCGGGUGGGCGCUGAUAAGGGACGAGAAGGUGGCCAAGAGGGUCAAUGACUACAUUAUGCAGAACACCAUGGGCGCGUCCCGCGACACCCAGCUCCGGAUGCUUGCCAUCUUCAAGACCAUACUGGCCAACCUGCACGGCAAGGAGGACAUCUUCGCCUUCGGGCACGACGUGAUGACGGCCAAAUGGCGCAAGCUUAGCGCCGUCGUGUCGCACUCCCGCCGGAUCUCGCUGCAGAACAUCCCUCCCCAGUACUGCACCUACUUCGACAAGAUCAGGGAGCCAUCCCCAGCUUAUGCGUGGGUCAAGUGUGAGAGGGAGGAAGACAGUGACUGCUCCGACGUGCUGCUCAAGGCCAAGAUAAUCACACGGUCCGGCGUCUGGAACGAUGCCAGCAGCCGGUACACGAGGAUAAGCCUCAUCAAGUCCCAGGACGACUUCGACCUGCUCCUCGAGAGGAUCACAGAAUUUGUCGAUGCCGAGCUCACCGCUGCUGGUUCCAACUCCAUGUGAUGUCC